AUGCCAGUUGAGUUGGAUAUUUUGGGUGAUUCAUUGCAAUCCUCUUUUCAAAAAGAUAAUACACUGCUUAGAGACGAAGAUGAUCCAUUUUACCACUACCUAAUAUCCACGAAGGCGGCCACAAACUUGGAUAUAAUUAGAAAGAGUGCAAUAAAAGAUAGUAUACAUGAUUCCACGGCGAAUACUAUAAAUGAAUAUCAGACGAGGCUUUCUAGAUUAGAAGAUCUGGCGAACUCUCUAAACUUCUCUGCUGAAAGUAAGCUUAAACAAAAGUACGAUUCAUAUGUUGAAGACCAGAAAACAAGGCGGUAUAGUGUCGACUUUGAUAUGCCAGCGGAAGGCUCCAUGGAUUCAGAAGAUAUAGCCUCAGGGAUGGAAUCCCGCGAGGAAGAUGACUCUCUUCGUAACCUAAGGCAACGUCUUAUGGGCAAAAGAAGAGACAGUUUUGAAGGUGAGAAUGAAUCCUUUGACAAACAAAUGCAAAUUCAGGAUGAUUUGCAGAAGGAAUUGGUUCAGGACAUGUCCCAAUUGGUGACUGGUUUGAAACAAGGUGCAGAAGCAUUUCAAAAUGCUCUUGAGCAUGAUUCUACUGUCCUAAAAGCGGCUGAAAUUGGGUUGCAUGUCACUUCCAGAAGCCUUUCGACCCUUGGGUCUAACUUAAAGAAGUACCAUAAGGAAAAGAUCGGAUUUUUCAUGAAACUUGGACUUCUUUCAUUUGUCAUAUUGGGUUUAUUGAUAACCUACCUAGUUAUUAAGGUUUUCCCUGACCUCUAA